GGAUCCUCCAAUUUAGAUUGGUUAGGGUUUAUUAGGAUCGAUUCUUCAUUGAUCUUUGAUCAAUUUCAAUCCGAUCCAGAUAGAAAUCAGCCGGAUGGAUUUGGAUCCGUGUUUUAAAUCAUUAAACUAGAAGAUGAAAAGACAUAAAUACCCCUUUUGUUCUUUGAGUGGGACAGGUAUGGCACACUGUCACCUACGUGUAGGAGAUCUCCGUUCACCAAAUAGUUGCAGCGGGGAAGCGAGCGCACGAAGAGGAAUAGAAGAUCGCCUUCAUUAGCAGUUGGAUUACGCUUCAUCUACUGUAGAAAUUACAUCACCACCUCCCCAUACCGUCCCUUGUCUGGGUCGUUAUCCAUGGCGAGGUUAACGGAUACCCAGAAGUUCUUGAAGAAAAUAGGGCUAGGAAAGGAGGAUUACUACUUCUGGAAGCAAAUAGGUAAAGCCCUGCUCUCGACUUACGCACUUUUUGGUGUGGCUUGGUUGUAUAACGAGACAUCGCCACUGGGUUGGUGGACGCUUAAGCCUCGGCCAAAGGAGGAGAAAGAGAUGGCCAACCUCUACGAGCGUCGAAGGUUUCCAUAUCCCGGUGACGAAGAGGCUGUAGAGGAGUUCAUUGCGAGUGGGGGCACCAUGGGUACCACAAUCGGUCCCAAAGGACUGAUCGAGUCUGACACGGAUCCCGAUAAUUUCCAGAAGAAGUUACAGUCAAAGAAGUUCGAGCAAGAAUCUCAGAAGCUAUGGCUGAGGAUGAGGAACGAGGUCAUAUCGGAGCUCCAAGAGAAAGGGUUUGACCUGGAGUGAUGAUGAUCAUCUCUGCCUUGCAAAUUCAUUAUAAAGCUCUUAUUUCUCUACCUGUUUUGGGUGUCCGAGUUACUUCUGUUUGUCAUUAACUUUGCACAAACUUUUCAUCUUCUUUUAGAUGUUGAAGUGUUCAUCAUUCUGCACUGAUCCACUUAUAGGGUUGCUUAUAAGCUUGCAAUCUGAGCGAGAAGACAGAUAACCAGGCUAAUGGAUUCGAUAGGAGAAUGAAUAAUUCCAUCUUGAUUUGGUGGUCAAUUUUGUUCAGAAUUUUAGAUAAUGGACGCGUAUGCGUAUUUGGUGUUUGUGAAUUUGUCUGUAUGAAGUAUAUUGAAAUCAAUAAUAUACGUUCAAAUCACUAGAACA